AUGGGUGUUUCUGCAAUUGCUUCUUCUGCUGAAUUUGACAAGGCUUUGGCUGUCGCUGGUAAGUUGGUCGUCGUCGACUUCUUCGCCACCUGGUGUGGUCCAUGUAAGAUGAUCUCUCCAAUGGUCGAAAAGUUCUCUAACGAAUACUCUCAAGCUGACUUCUACAAGGUCGACGUUGACCAAGUUCCUGAGGUCGCUCAAAAGAACGAAGUCUCUUCUAUGCCAACCUUCAUCCUUUUCAAGGACGGUAAGCAAGUCGCCAAGGUUGUUGGUGCUAACCCAGCUGGUGUCAAGCAAGCAAUUGCUUCUAAUGUGUAA